AUGAGGCUUAGAUUUGGACUGGAUGUAACGCAACUCGCGGCUGUUAAUUUCUUCCGGAAUGACAAGGCGAUUAAGAGGUUCCUCGUGAGGAACAUAGUGGAGCAGGCUGCCGUCAGGGAUGUUCAGGAGGCUUGUGCUUAUGAGGGGUACCUUCUUACAAAAUUAUAUAUCAAGAUGCAGUACUGUGUCUCUUGUGCAAUCCACUCGAAUGUUGUUCGGGUGAGGUCUCGCACGGACAGGAGGAACCGUGAGCCGCCGCAGCGUUUUAGACGCCGGGAUGAUCUUGCAAGACCUGGUCAAGGUCCUCGUCCAGUUGCGGCUGGAAAUCCUGCUGCUCGUCCAUGAUGCCGAGGUUUUCUGUGGACUAUAUUAUCCAUAUUUCCGCAUUCUCGCAUCUUAACC